AUGUCAUCGUCGGAGAGCAGUCAGCACCCCCCAAAGGUUGUUGACUAUCGUUUAGGAACAGCUACUAGGAAACCUACCGUGAAGAAUGUCGAAACAGCUUUCCAAGAUUCUUUCUGGGACUGGCAUAAGAACAGUUUCAGAGCGGUGUUCAGCAUUCUCAAGAAAGAAUGCAAAGUUGCAAUUCAGGAGCUACAGAGACAGGGAGAUCUCUACAUCAAUGAAAUAUCAACAUAUAAGGACCAAAGUCCAUACGAUCGGCAGCUGCUGUAUACACAAGUCAGGGACCAGAUCUUAGCAGAUCGGGCCGGCGCUGGGCCGCAAAAAUAUCAUAAAUAUAACGACCUCCUGUUACAAGUUUUGAGUUGUACGAAUAAAGACUACCUUUCUUUGGACGAGCCAGGUUGCGGGACGGAUAACUGGAUGAUCGGGAUCUGUUUCGAUUUGAGGAUGCAAAAUGACAAAAGAAAAAAGUCUACGAAUCCUCGAUCGCUUGCAGAAGAAAUGUUGGAUGAAAGAGACUCGGGGAUAGGGUAUGCAGAAGGGUCACAAGGGGGAGCAUUAGGAGGCACGAGACACUCAACCAUUCACGAGAUACUUAACCGGGAGGGUGAUAUUGACCACUCUCAUGCCAGCUCUGUCACAAAAUGA